AUGACUGCGAGUGGUAACAAGCCUGGAGACAGCAACGCUUAUCAAGUCCAAAUUCCAAUUAUCGUGUUCUUCGCCGUCACUCCCAUCUUCGUUGUGAUCAGAAUAUGGAGUCGGAUAUCGAUGCGUGCUGGUCUGAAGUGGGAUGACUGGAGUAUCAUCAUUUCAUUUAUAUUCUCCAUGACCGUCUCAACUCUGAUCAUGAUUUCUUGCUACUACGGCUUCGGACAACGCAUCCAAAACCUCUCUCCUGAAAACAAGAAAAUCACAUUGCAAACUUUCUGGAUAGCGCAAGGCUUCUACAAACUCACCAUCAACCUGACCAAAGCCUCGAUCCUCCUCCUCUACCUCCGGAUAUUCGUUCAGAGGCAUUUCCGGAUCAUCUGCUACACGAUGCUCGUUAUCAUCGUGAGCUACAUGGUCGCCACCUGGUUCGCGACGAUCUUCCAGUGCACGCCGAUACCUCGAGCUUGGGACCGGAGCGUACACGGGACUUGCAUCGACAUCACGAAGAACUGGUAUGCCAAUGCCGGCUUCUCGAUUGUGACUGAUGUGAUCAUCUUGGUCCUGCCGAUGCCGCCUCUAUACCAAUCUCAGCUGCCCCCGAACCAGAAACGAGCCUUGAUGUUUGUGUUUGCCUUGGGAGCUUUUGUCGUCGUAACAAGCAUCCUACGCAUGCGGACCUUAGAGUCCUCCACCAAGACACCCGACAUCACCUACAACAUCCUCUCCUCCCUGUGGACGAUGAUCGAGCCCAACGUGGCCAUCAUCUGCGCCUGCCUCCCCAUGUGCCGCCUCCCGCUCACCCUCCUCUUCCCCUCCAUCUUCCCCUCCAAAUGCCCCAGCGCGACCUCAUGCAGCCUCUCCGGCCCGCGCACCACCCGCGGCGCCUACGGACACGCCGGCACCGCCAAGAACGAGUGGGCGCCCUCCCGCAGCGGCGCCGGCAGCGACCAGCGCGGCAUCAAUCUCACGAGCGUGCAGAGUCCGCGGAUGCGCGGCCGGUCCGGCGACGACGCGAGCGAGGAGUCUAUGUUUCCCAAGGAGGCCGAUGGCUGGGGCGGGGCCGAGGCGACGGCGACGGGGACGAGGACGGGGCCGGGGACGGGGACGGGGACGGGGACGGGCAUCCACAAGGUGACGGACUACACGGUUACGUACGAGGAUGAAGAAGCGGACGCGGACGCGGAUGCAGAUGCAGAUGCGGAUGCGGACGGAGCUGGCCGGGUGCAGGUGGAGCGGGAGGUGAUGAAAGUGUGA